UUUCUUCGACCCUUUUAAAAACCCUCUCUGCAAAAACCUCUCCCAAGAAAAAAUCACACUUGCAUCAAACAGACCCUCUGUAAAUAACCAAAAAACACAAAAGAGAAGAAAAUAAAAAGAUGGGUCUGAUUAGCAAAGAAGAGAUCAGCAAAACAAGAAGAUACUCAUCUUCUCUUUGGAGAUGCAUCAAGACCAUCUUCGUUCUCUUCACUAUGUUCCUCUCUUUCAUCCUCUUCUCUGCUCCUAUCUUCCUCUCCGUCGCAGACGCCGUCCUCCCCUCUAUCAUCCUCUCUUCCUUCUCAUCUCUCCUUCGUCUUUCUCCGGCGACUGUUUCUUCUCAUAUAAGCAACUACGAUUUCAGAUACUCCCUCAUCGAUAUUCCACUCAUCUCCAUCAUUAGAUCUGUCAUAAUACUCUGUGUUUACGGGCUCUGCGACGGACCGAAGCUAUCAAAGGGUCCAUAUCUGACAAUAACUACGAUCUGCUCGAUUUUGUCAUUGUUCUACGUGUCUUUUAAGGCAGCUGUUGUGUUUGCCGAGCCAGUGAUCAGAGACGGCGGAGGCGGAGGAAGGUUCAGAAUAGAGGAAGCGGCUCUGUUUGUGUGUUCGUGGGUCUUAGCCAUCGGUCAUAUCGUUGUGGCCUAUAGAACGAGUUGUAGAGAGAGAAGAAAGCUUUUAGUCUUCAAGAUCGACAUCGAAUCCGUUUCAGCUUGUAAAAAUGUGUUUCCCAGAUACCAGAAGAUCCUUCUACAAGAGAGACCCAAAUAGCUAAUAUUAGAAGACUAUCAACACUUGUACUUACAACACAGAUAUAUGUAUAUAAAUAUGCGCAUCAGAUGCAACAUCUUCUGGGCUUUGUUUUCUCCCCACAAGUAUCAGGUAACAAAACCCACCUCAUCGUUUUUAUAUACUAUUGUUUCCAUAUAAUUCGGACCACCAACUUGCAUAUACUAAUAACUUGAUCGUUAAAUACUAAAGUUGCUUUGGUUUCUAUCAUUUUCGGUGUCUGUGAGUCACAUAUAUAGUGGAUGUAUAACCAAUUUGAGAAUAUGCGUGUUGAUAAUGUUGUUAAUUGUAUGUUUCGGUUACAGAAAGGUCCAAAGGAUAAUCUGUAAAGGAGGGAAGAACAGAUAACGAAUGUGACUUAAUAUAACACUAUGCUUUUCCAUGUGACACUAUCUAAGACAGCUCCAAUGAAUUGGCAGUUGUUUACUAUACUAUAGAUUUUAAAUUAGGUAGACACACACACAGAAAGAGAAUCAUUGUAGGAGGUCUUGUUUACGCUUACUUUAAUGAAUGAUCCACCAUUACACUUUUGUCUUUUUGUUUUGUUUGUAAUAAACCAUAUUUUCAUCAAUGAAAUAAGAAGCCGAAGGCAUCUUUCUUCCA